CCGGGCAGUCUGGGACGCGCCGCCGCCAUGAUCAUUCCUGUACGGUGUUUCACUUGCGGCAAGAUCGUCGGCAACAAGUGGGAGGCCUACCUGGGACUGCUGCAGGCCGAGUACACUGAGGGGGAUGCGCUGGACGCCCUGGGCCUGAAGCGCUACUGCUGCCGCCGGAUGCUGCUGGCCCACGUGGACCUGAUCGAGAAGCUGCUCAAUUAUGCACCCCUGGAGAAGUGACCAGGCUGGAAUCCGCCUACCUGCCAUGCUGACCAUGGGCCAUGAGCAUCCUGCCCCAAGUUCACAAGGCUGAGGCAUCCAGGAGCUGGCGCAAUGCCUCGCCACAGCGUGUGUGUGUCCCAUCCCCCACUCUGGAAGGAACAAUCCAGUAAAGGUCUUUCAGAACUACCAAGGUCCCAGCCCUCACUAGGAUGUCAGGGGCCAGGACUAGGCCCAGCUCUCACACCGCGGCAGCCCAGGGAAGCCGACUGGGCCAUGAAUUCUCCUAGCCCU